UAUUUAGAAAAAAUGGUUUUAAUUAACAAAAAUAUAUUUUAUCUAUUCUUAAAAGUAUGGUUUUAUGUCGUCAAUUAUUUUCUAAGUGCUAGAAAAGUAAAAAAAUCUGGUACUGCUGCUGUCUACAAAAUUUGUUUUCGCAAAGAAGUAUCACGGGAGUUACCAUCUGUCAGUGACUUUUAUGGUCUGUUUGAAGGAUAUUUCCAUUCAAGCAUCAUUCUUUCUGAUAGCAUUUCAUUAUACACUAUUACUGAAAGUACAGCAGUAUUUGUUGACUGUGGCGCUUUGGAUGUUUUUUGUUCAAAGUAUGGUGCAUUUGUUUACAAUACACAAUUAGUGCAUGCUAAGAGGUUUAUUGUUCUUUCUACAAAAUCUUUUCACAAAAUUGCAGCAGAAAUAUCUUUACCUAAAGUUCCUAUUGUUCACCUGGCCAAUCAUGGUCGCUGUGGUUCUACUUUAUUGGCACAGAUAUUUGAAAACAUCCCAAAUGCUUUAUCUAUAUCUGAAACCUAUAGCUUCUCAGAUUUGGCUGAAUUUUCACGCAAAGGUCAAGUUGAUUUUCAUACUCUAAAACAACUAUGUUUCAGUACAUUGAUGUGUACUUUUAAACAUGCCAACUCUCGACAGUCUCAGUUAAUUUUUUUAAAAUGCCAAAAUGUAGCUGUGUAUAUCACUGAGUUAAUGAGUAUUUGUGCUCCAAGUAUUAAGAGUAUAUACAUGUAUAGAAACCCAAUAUCAUUUGUUAGAUCUUGCGAAAAGCUGUAUGCUAUUAGUAACCGGAAACAUGUGCCUGUAUUAAGAACUAAAAUAUAUAGUGGCAUUGGUAAGCAUUCAAUUUUACAAAGUUUUCCUACUUAUUCUGACUCGUUUCUAGAAAGUUUAACCGUUUUUUCAAGCUUUGGCUUUAACUGGAUAACAGGUGCAGCAGCAUUUAAAAAAUUAAGGAACAAGAUUGAAAUAAAAUCAAUAUCGUACGAAGAUUUACUAACAAAUGCAGAUAAUAUUGUUUUGAAGCUCUUCGAUUAUGCUGGUAUUCCAAAGGAUGUUUUGCCAGAUAUAAGUUCUAUUUUAAAAAAUGAUUCUCAGGUUGGCACAGCAUUUUCUAGUCGCAAUAUAAGUAAAAAAUUUUUACAAAAGGCUUGCACCCCUAUAACAGAAGAGUUAAAAAAAGAAGUCAAUAGUCUAUGCAGUGAUUUUGAUGUACCUUAUUUUUGGAAUUUUGAUGCACUUCCUGAUAAGUUGUGAGUUUGAGUUACUAUUAACUUUUAAGGUUUUUUUUUUUUAAUUAU